CCGGCAGCGCGGAGAGCCGGGCGGGCUGCCCGCGCAGCCCCGAGUGCGUCUGUGGCAGCGGCGGGAGAACCUCGCUGCUGCUCCUCAGGGCUCGCCGCUGCCAGCGUGAGGAGCAGAUCCGGAGGUGUGCGUGCGUGUGCCAGGAGAUGCGGAGCGCGUUUGGCUGAGGUGUCUGGCCUGGGAAGCUCUGCAAAAAAGAGGCGGAGAGAGGCGGUGGGAAAGAGGCAGGAGCAGAACUGAAGUACAAGCACAGCUGUCUCCGAAUACUCUGUUUCUUUUGGGUGCCUCAAUGAAUGUGAACAUGGAUUCUGUCACUGAAAUAUUCUUGAAGCUGCUCGUUCUCCUGUCUGUUCAUGACCAGCUCAUGGCAGUGGCAGGGAAUAAAUAUAAUUGUGAUGAUCAACUGGUGUCUGCUUUGCCUCAGUCAUCAUUCAGUAGUUCAUCAGAGCUGUCUAGCAGUCACAACCCUGGCUUUGCAAGGCUUAAUCGAAGAGAAGGUGCUGGUGGCUGGUCCCCACUUGUGUCCAAUAAAUAUCAAUGGCUUCAGAUUGAUCUUGGUGAAAGAACUGAGAUUACUGCUGUUGCUACUCAAGGUGGUUACGGGAGCUCAGACUGGGUUACAAGGUACCUUCUGAUGUUUAGUGACAGUGGACGAAAUUGGAAGCAAUAUCGUCAAGAGGAAAGCAUUUGGGCCUUUUCUGGAAACACAAAUGCAGACAGUGUUGUAUACUAUAAGCUUCAGCAUUCUAUUAAAGCAAGAUAUCUCCGUUUUGUGCCUUUGGACUGGAAUCCAAAUGGCAGGAUUGGAAUGCGCAUCGAAGUGUAUGGAUGCACAUAUAGGUCUGAGGUGGUUGGCUUUGAUGGGAAAAGUUGUCUAAUUUACACAUUAAAUAAAAAACUCAUUAAUGCACUGAAAGAUGUGAUUUCUCUGAAGUUUAAGACAAUGCAAAGUGAUGGAAUUCUCCUCCACAGAGAAGGACAAAAUGGAGACCACUUCACCAUGGAAUUAACUAAAGGGAAGCUGUCCCUACUCAUUAAUUUAGGUGAUACUAAAACUCAUCCUUCUAAUGCCCAAAUUAAUAUUACGCUGGGCAGCCUUUUGGAUGAUCAACACUGGCAUACUGUUCUCAUUGAGCAUUUUAACAAUCAAGUAAACUUUACAGUGGAUAAACACACUCAUCAUUUUCAUGCAAAAGGAGAAUUCAGUUAUUUGGACCUUGAUUAUGAGCUCAGCUUUGGAGGGAUCCCAGUGCCUGGAAAAUCAGGGACGUUAUCACGCAGGAACUUUCAUGGGUGUUUUGAAAAUAUUUAUUAUAAUGGAGUGAACAUUAUUGACCUGGCCAGGAGGCAUAAACCUCAGAUCUACAUUGUGGGCAAUAUGUCCUUCUCGUGUUUAGAGCCACAGGUGGUUCCUGUUACAUUUCUGAGCUCCAGCAGUUUCCUGGCACUGCCAGGCAUAGCAGGCCAAGAUGAAAUAUUUGUCAGUUUCCAGUUUCGUACUUGGAAUGAGGAAGGACUUCUAUUGUUCAGUAAACUGCACCAGUUUUCAGGUGGUUUCCUCUUAUAUCUGAGUGAUGGGAAAGUCAAAAUCAAUCUUCAUAAAAUAGGAAGAGUGCUGAGUGACAUUGCUGCAGGUGCUGGAUUAAAUAACGGCCAGUGGCAUUCCGUAUCUCUCUCUGUCAAAAGGAAUCGUAUCAGUGUAAGAGUGGACAAUGAUGUGACUUCGUCUGCUCAUGUGUCAAUACCUCUGCAGAUUUAUUCAGGAGAUGUUUUCUACUUUGGAGGCUGUCCUAGCAGUGGAAACAUUUCUGAAUGUAAUACUUCAUUUGGUGGUUUUCAAGGAUGUAUGCGACUUAUUUCCAUUGGUAACAAAGCAGUGGAUAUGAUCUCUAUGCAGCAAAAUGGUUUUGGCAAUUUCAGUGAUCUUCAGAUAGAUUUAUGUGGCAUUACAGACAGGUGUUUGCCUAAUUACUGUGAACAUGGUGGUGAGUGCUCACAGUCCUGGAACAGUUUCCACUGUAACUGUGCCAAUACUGGUUACAAGGGAGCUACAUGUCACUAUCCCAUCUAUGAGCAAUCAUGUGAAGCCUAUAAGCACAGAGGGAACACUUCAGGCUUUUACAAUAUUGAUUCAGAUGGAAGUGGCCCAUUGGGACCAUUUCUCGUAUACUGCAAUAUGACAGAUGCAACGUGGACAAUUAUACAGCAUAACAGCACCAACCUAACCAGAGUUAAAAGUGCUAAUCGAGAGAACCCACAUACUGUGUUUUUCAAGUAUUCUGCCAGCCUUGACCAGCUUCAGGCUACAAUAAACCUUGCAGAUCACUGUGAACAGGAGCUUGCUUACUACUGCAAAAAGUCAAGGCUUUUAGAUAAGUCAGAUGGAGUGCCACUGAGCUGGUGGAUUGGAAGAACCAAUGAAACUCAUACUUACUGGGGAGGUUCUUUGCCUGCUGUACAAAAAUGUGCUUGUGGACUGGAGGGAAGCUGCAUUGAUUCCCAGCAUUACUGCAACUGUGAUGCGGACAGGGAUGAAUGGACUAAUGAUACUGGCUUCCUCUCCUACAAGGACCAUCUGCCAGUUACUGAAAUUGUGAUCACUGAUACUGACAGACCAAAUUCGGAAGCUGCUUACAAACUGGGACCUUUGCUUUGCCGUGGUGAUAGAACAUUUUGGAAUUCAGCUUCCUUCAACACAGAGACAUCCUACCUGCAUUUCCCCACCUUCCAUGGAGAACUCAGUGCAGAUGUCUCAUUUUUCUUUAAAACUACUGCUUCCUCAGGAGUGUUUUUAGAGAACCUGGGAAUUCAAGACUUCAUAAGGAUAGAGUUACAGUCUCCAUCUGAAGUGGUUUUUUCAUUUGACGUGGGAAAUGGACCUAGUGAAGUCGUAGUGCAAUCACACAACUCCUUAAAUGACAACCAAUGGCAUUAUGUGAAGGCUGAACGAAAUGUCAAAGAGGCUUCCUUACAAAUAGAUCAACUUCCUCAAAAAUCUCACAGUGCCCCACCUGAUGGACAUAUCCGCUUGCAGCUCAACAGCCAGCUUUUUGUAGGUGGAACAGCAUCCAGGCAAAAGGGAUUUUUAGGAUGCAUUCGCUCAUUACGAUUGAAUGGAAUGGCCGUUGAUCUGGAAGAGAGAGCAAGGAUAACACCAGGAGUUGAACCAGGCUGUCCUGGACAUUGUAGCAGCUAUGGUAACCUGUGUCACCAUGGUGGAAAAUGUAGAGAGAAGUACAGUGGAUUCUCCUGUGACUGCACUUUCUCAGCCUAUGCUGGUCCAUUCUGUAAGAAAGAAAUCUCUGCCUAUUUUUGGGCUGGCACUUCUGUGACAUACAACUUUCAAGAAUACUACACAUUAGCUAAAAAUUACAGUUCUCAUGCUUCUUCUUUCUAUGCUGACAUGACACUGACCAGGGAAGCAAUUACGUUUGCCUUUCGAACAACACAGACACCAAGCUUACUUCUCUAUGUCAGCUCCUUCUACAAGGAAUACCUCUCGGUCAUUCUCACCAGGAAUGGAAGUUUACAGAUUAGGUACAAGCUAGAUAGCCAUGAAGAUCCUGAUGUCUUCAGCAUCAGUUUCAAAAGCAUGGCUAAUGGACAACUACAACAUGUGAAGAUUAACAGAGAGGAGGAAACACUCUUUAUAGAGGUUAACCAGAAUGAAAGAAUGAAGUUUAUUCUGUCUUCAGGCACAGAAUUGAAUGCAAUCAAGUCUCUCACACUUGGCAAAAUUUUAGAAAACAGCGAUGUGGAUGAGGAGACUAUGAAGGCAAACUCUCAGGGGUUUGUUGGCUGUCUAUCUUCUGUGCAGUUCAACCACAUUGCUCCUUUGAAGGCUGCACUGCACCACAGCAGCUCUGCCCCUGUCAUUGUAAAAGGGCGUUUCACUGAAUCCAGCUGUGGUACUUUAACUGGAGCUGACUCAACAUCAAGUGAAACAACCCAUUCAUUUGCAGAUCACUCUGGACCAAUAGAUGAGGGAAAGCCCUUAGCUAAUGCAAUCAGAAGUGACUCUGCAAUUAUUGGAGGUGUGAUAGCAGUUGUCAUAUUCAUCCUACUUUGCAUCACGGCCAUAGCCAUACGCAUUUAUAAAAAAAAAGGCAUAUACUCAAAAAAUGAAGCAAAAGGAUCUGAAAAUGAAGACAGUGCUGAAUCUGCAUUGAAAAGUGAACUCAGCAUGCAAAACACAGCCAAUGAAAAUCAAAAGGAGUACUUCUUCUGAUUUUUGUUAAUGAUUUGAUCCAGUAAAAUAAUGUGACAGUCUGACUUUCUUGCUAGGCGAGGGGGCUCUCACUGGACAAAAGAAGUUCUUGCACACUAUUCUAAAUGCAAUGGAUUUGAGAUUUACUGCUUGAUAUGUUCAGUCUCAAUGAUUGCUGUAGCGGGCCUCUUUAAAUUACAUGCAUUCCUUAGCUAUUAUACCGUAAAUGCAUUUUAUGUAACAGUGAAUUAGAUAUUGUAGCCAAUUUCAUUGUUGGUAGUUUCCGACUGUUCUAAUGUGACCUUCUACAAAUGAAGUUUAAUGUACACACUGAAUAUGAUUUUUUGAAUGGGAAAAUUGGUAUGAAUUUAUUCCUAUAAUUUUCUUUAAAAUUUGAUUGAUGAUUUUUGUUCAAGGUGAAAGUUAGAUUCUUAUACUUUGUGUUACUAAAAAAAUUCUACUGUGCUGCAUUAUGGUGAUCCGUCUUACUUCCUCAAACUGAAAAUGCCUUUUGAGCUGCUGUUGGCUAGUGUCAGCAUCUGCUUGUGAGCCAUGGCAUUUGAUGUCCAGAACAAACUGUAUUUAUUUCCCCUGGGAUGUGACUGAUGCCUUCAUUAUCCCUCCCUUUUGGCAGGCUUAGCAAAACUGAAGAGAGUAUAGUGGGUUGAAAUAUUUUAAAAUCUCUUUUGCAAAAGAUUUUCACUUACAGUCAGGUGAUAGCACCAGAAGACUCACACACAUUCCAGGCAUUUUGAAUGAAGUAGGGGGAAAACAAAGACAAGACCUUUGCUUGGAAAGAUCAAGUGAAAGAUCAAAAGUAGUUAAUUUAUCGAGUGGAAACACCAAAAGAAGAUCAAGGUUACUGUCCCUGGAAAUUAGUGAUCAUGCUUCUGUUAAGAAGUUAUGCUCAGUGCACUAUGGAUAUAUUAUCUGGAACUGUUGUAUCUAUGAUUUGCUCCAGACCUCAAGACUAAUUUUGUCUAAGUUAUAGAAAUUAUACAGCGUCCACUACAUAAACACCUUCGUUUGCACUCUUAAUAGUACCUAUUAUGCAUCUGGGAGAUAAGGUCUGAUUAAACCACUCAAAAUUAAAUAGGUGCUUGCUAUGCUGACAGAGUAAGUGAAAGCUAUCUAUGUUGUGCAAACAAAUUGUUAGAUAUGAAGGCUAAGUUUAAGUUGUCUACAAAGAAGAUUGUAAGGUCAUUUUAGACACCACAGGGUAUCUGAAAUACCCAUGUGACCUGAUGUGAAUGUCAUAGAUUCUGCAGAAGGUGUGGGUCUUUUGGAAGAGACAUACAGGAACUGGGCAUCAUAAAUGGCAUUAGAUGACAAUAUUUAGGUAACUGACCCACACAAAGCAUUUUUUGGCUUUCCCCACUCAGAUAACUGAAUGUCUAGGGCUUGGAUCUGAGAAAACAACAGGAUUUCUGUGACCUUGUAGACUUGAGUUUGAAAUUUAAAUAUCUUCCAGAACUGAUUUAUAUCUACUCUCAUUGAAAGUAAUGAGAACUCUCAUUGUUAGUCUAUUAGAAAAAUCAAAGCUAGACCCUAGAUUGUGAAGUUUAGAAAAUGUUUAUCAUAGGUGCCAAACAGCAUUAUAAAGACAUGGGAAACUGACAUGGUAUGCCAAAACCUUUAGUAAGCAAAUUUCUUUGCAUGAAUGGUAAUUCUGAAUAUAAAUGUCCAGCAGAUAUUUUCAUUUAAGACUUAUUUUCUUCCAUCAGUCUUUACUUUCUAUUCUAUUUCAGAAUUCUACCAUUCCUUUCUACUUAAUUUUUAGAAAAACAUUUCCUUUUUUUUGGUGCCUGGAUGUUCUGCAAUCAUAAAUUCUUCAGAUUAACUUGUGCUUUCUUGUUUUCAUUUCUGCAAUUCUGUUUGCAUCCCUGAUAGAUUAAUCAGGCUGAGGACCCAGGAUCAGGAACUGGAUUUAUGUUGUGGAUUUGAUACAAUUUCCUUCAUGAUAAGAGGUGAUCUUUAGGAAGGCCAGAAUACUGGACUAUUCCCAAUAAGUGACAAAAAUAUCCUGUUUGUGGAUGGGGAGUGGUGGAGGUGAAAGCCUCGCAUGAGUCAUGACAAGAAGACUUUGAAUUACUAAGUUUACUAUUUUGAACCUUCUUGUCUACUUAAUUUGAAGUGAAAAUUAUUACUCCUUUUUGAGGCUGUGACCUAAGUUGCAUUAAAUUCAAGAGGAGCUCUUCCAUGGACUUCUCUGCAACCAAAGCCUCUGCUUUUCAGGUUUUCCCUUUCUGCUGUAGACAUGUACGUAUCCACCCCUUAGUGCCACUUAAUAUCAAAAGAGUCAUCUGCAGGGAUGUGUCCCAGUCAACUCAAUUUUUUAUCAUUGUGGGAUGUAGUAACAAUGUGAGACAAAACCUACAAGACAAUGACAAUUAUAGUACACCAAAGCAGAUAUUUUGAUUGAAUGAUAAAAGACAGAUUGUCUUUUAUAUUAACUCUCAUGUAAGAGUUACUCAAAUAAACGUAAUAAAGCCUAAAGUCUACCCACAGCAUGACAAGUUGGAAGAAUGUAAACCUAACUUUUCAGUCACUUGUUCUUAGUUUAAUUGCCUUGUAAAGUUUUAUUGUGUGUCUUAAUGGAAAGUUUUCUUUCCUCACUUUCUUUUGUUCCAAAUGAAUAUUUUCUUUCCCUGUUUCUCAAUAUUUUAAAAUGGAACAGGAUGGGAAAAGAUUAGUAAAAUCCCUAUAUCACAGACUAACUAAAAAGGUGGAUGAGGAUAAAAAUGCCUGUCUGAGUGGCACAUUAUUUCAUUCAACGACUUAUUUCAAGGCAUUUUAUUUUCUGAGGGAAAAGAUAUAUGGAUUUUGUUGAAUGAACAUCUGUAGAUUUUUAGAAUAAAUCAACUACGUCUCCCUGAAGAUGCAAAUGCCCAUUUUCAUCCGUAGGAACAGUGAUCAUAUGUUUGUCACCUUAAUCUAAAAUAUAAAUGUUUGAAAUCAAUGAAGCAGCAUUUUUCAUUACUUGCUGCAUUUCUAUGGGGAUAAAAAAAUGGUGGCACCGAAGUGCGCUAAAACGUCAUGCAACAUUGUGCUGUCCCUUUUCUGAUUCUCUAUUUCAUUGUGUGACUUUUCACCUCACUGUUAAUAAAGACUUUUUAAAAUAAAGUGAGGAAAAUAUUUUUUAAAAGAAUUUGUAUUAAAAAGUUUAAAACGGAUAACAAUAUACUGAUUUUUUUUCCAACAGUAAAUAUAUGUAGAAGUGCACAUAAUAUAUUGGUGAGUGUGGUUAUUUAUAGAUAUUUUAGAGUACAUACUAAUGCAAAAAAUUUGCUAUGCAUUGACACAUUUUCCAUGGCAAAUAUACUUUUUCUUAAGUACAUUAGAAAAUAAAUAGCGACAUGUAUGCUGGUACAUUUUUAAAGCUUUGUGUGGGCUCUAGCUACAAAGGGUACAUAAUUAUUUAUGUACUCAACAUUUAGCGUAUAAAUAUGAUUUAGUUAGGUUUUGGGAAAACAUUUUCCAAUACAUCUAGUGUUGUGUAAAUGAAAAAUAUGUUAUAAACCAAGUGCACAACUUAACAUGAAAUGUAGUCACAGAUGAAAUAAAUUUACACUAUUGUUAUUCUUGGCAGCAUUGUACAAGGAAAAAGGCAUGUAAAAGACAAAAUUCCUUUAAGGAAUCAUCUGCAGAACAUGCAACUAUUGCAAGUUAGCAAGGGAUUGAUAAGAAAAUAUCCUUUUGAAAUAAAAUUAAUUUCCUUUAGAAGUAAUUGUAGUUGUUUACACUGAAGGCAGAGAUACAGCCACAUAAACCAUGUGACGCUACCAGAAAAUAAUUUUCUUAGUAACAGGAAAAAUAUUUUCAAAGUCAAAAAUCCUAACUCUGAAAAAACUUGUGCCCUAGUCUCUGAGAGCAAUGCACAUUCUCUGGAGUAAAUAUGCAGAAAGGUGACUUUUUUUUUUUUGCUAAUCAAGCACUUAAUUCCACGGCGAAAAGAAUGGUAAUUGCUUAGUGUUCCUGAUCAUUUAAUGAGAUUGUGCGUUAUCAAGAAGGAAAAAAAGUACAGAAACUAGACAUGACUGAAAAUAUACAUGUGUAGAGCUAUGGAAGUAGUUUCAGUGUUGGGGUGUUUUUUAAGUGCACACAAAAACAUGCUUAAAAAAGUACAGAAAAGAAAGGAUGUGCCCUUUAAACUUCCUUUUUCAGAACCUUCUCCUGAUUGCUUUUGGUGGUGAUGGUAAGGAAAGAAGGGUUUAAUGAGUGUGAGUACAGAAAUUCUGAAGCUGCAAAUUUGAGAAACAGAAACAAAACCACAAAAGUAUUCAUAGACUGUGCUUUGCUAAGAAGUCAUACUUGUCUUUAUUCUUGAAGGACUCUCUGAAAAGUAAUUUUUUACAAAAAACUGGCUCUGUUCUUUGGAUAUGAUCCCCAAACAUCUUAAUCUUUGCUCUUCCCAUUUCUAAGAAUCAACCAUCACAAUAUCAUUGCAGAGAGAUGGAUGUGCUUAUGUCAAAUACUGACAUAAAAUUUCACUUAAUUUCAUAUGAAUUUAUGAUGUAUGAUAAAAUGUUGAUGUUCUUAACAUUUUGUAAAAAUAACAUUGACUAAAUCAAUCCUAAACUUAUUAAAUAGAAUGGUAAAUCCACAGUAAAAAUCAACUUCAGCCUAGGAGGAAAUGUGUGUGUGCACACGUGCAUGCAGAUAAUCUAUGAAGUCAGUGCUAAGAUUCUUUAAAUUUUAUCAUUUACUUUGUAUUUAUGUCAAAUAUUGAAAAAACAUCCAGAGUUCAGAGCCAUCCUCCCCAUACUCACUACCUUUGGGAAUAUUCAAACCAUUUCAACAAAUAGUUGAGAUUUUCAGGGUUUUUUCAAGGGGCAAAAAUUAUGAUCUUGAAGGCUUCUCCAGUACUGUAAGAGGUAGACAGCCAGACUGCAGGUAGAAAAGGUUGCAGAAUCCCUCACACACAGACAGGGCCUUUUAUUUUUCCUUUUUAAAAAUAGUUUUCUAGUUACAUCUAGGACUUGGGAGAUCAUUUGACUGAUAUAAAAAUAAAUUUCAUACAUACAUACAUAAAUCUCUACAUUGCACAUCAUAUUUAAACUACUGUGUAAUAUAUGUCCUAAAAAAGUUAUAAUUCGUUAGUAAUCUUUUAUCCAGCUAGCAUGUCCUUUACCAAUUCAAUUGAAUUACCAUUCACCUGAUUUUAGGUAGAACCAGGACCCAUGCCUUUGGAUUAGGUAAAACAGAGGGCAUCAAAACAAGAUUCCUAAAUCUGCAGAAGAGAAAGAGAUACUCAAAAUCCUUCUGAAGUCCAAGAAAACUGAAGAUAAAUUGUCAAUGAGUUGGACCAGGUUUCAUCAUUGUGAAUUUGUCAUCAGGAACCUAGUGAUAACAGCAUAAAAAAUAUUCAAAUUAUGCAGAUAGAUAGAUA